UUACCUUUCAGUUUUAAUGCUUUGAAACAAAUAUGCAAUUGCGAAAAUUUUUGUGUUGCUUACCCCUGAAAUAUGGAGUCAUUAUAGUGGGCGCCGUGCUUGGCGUGGUGGACUUCGUCAUGGGCAGCAUCGGGUUGGAAAUGAUUAUUUCCCACAAAUAUCCAGACGAAGUGGUCGAAUUCUUUCGCACCAUGGACACCAGGACCUGCGUGGCCGGAGUGACAGCCGUAAUUUGGGUAUUAAUGAUAGACCAUUUCCUUUUAAUCUAUGGCGCCAUCAACAAUAAUCUUCUGCUUAUCGGCACCUGGUUGUUGAUAAACUAUUUCAUAUUCCUGUUCACUCUCGUCACCGUGCUGUUGGAUGACUGGGCGAUCGGCAGAAUAAUUGGUAUCGGCUAUAGCUUGAUCGUGGUGAGAUCUUACUAUACUGAAUUGAACGUGGUUAGUCCAGUUAUCAGCCAAGAAGAUAGUACGCAAGAAAAUAGUGACGAAUCGUCUGCAUAAAAUGGUCAUUUAAAAAUAUUAAUAAAAAAACACAAACCAUU